GGGCCCUGUUGUGGAUGGUCCAUUUGCUAACUGGAUUACCCCAGAUGGUUCCCAGCUGAUAAGAAAUGUUGGAUCUGAUGGUGAGCUGUUUACAUCUACAGCUAUACAAGACAUUCUAUCUAGAACCAGGUCAGUAAUUAACAAACUUUUGACUUUUUAAUUAACAAGAACAGUCACUUCACUGAAUUAUUUUUAUUCAGUUUUUAGAAAUUCUUCUUUGCAGUUGUAUGUCUUAUAAAAUGUUUACUACCAUUUUAAUUAACAGGCAUCAAGAGAUUCUCACAUUGCCGGAAGUUGAACCUCGCUAUGACCUUGAGUUCCACCAUGCAGCAGUACAUGUGUUUUGUGGUGGAGCCAUGGGUCAGCUGGACACCUCAGCUUUUGACCCUAUCUUCUUCCUCCACCAUGCUUUUGUGGACUACAUCUGGGAGCUAUUCAGGACAAACAUGAGAAGUCAAGGGCUUGAUCCAGAACAGUAUCCUGAUAUUGCAGUAAGUCACUUUCAAUACAAACAGAACAGUAUCCAGAUAUUGCAGUAAUUCUUUUUCAGUACAAGCAGAACAGUUUCUAUGUAUUGCAGUAGGUCACUUUCAAUACAAACAGAACAGCAUCCAGAUAUUGCAGUAAUUCUUUUUCAGUACAAGCAGAACAGUUUCUAUGUAUUGCAGUAGGUCACUUUCAAUACAAACAGAACAGCAUCCAGAUAUUGCAGUAAUUCUUUUUCAGUACAAGCAGAACAGUUUCUAUGUAUUGCAGUAAGUCACUUUCAUUACAAACAGAACAGCAUCCAGAUAUUGCAGUAAUUCUUUUUCAGUACAAGCAGAACAGUUUCUAUGUAUUGCAGUAGGUCACUUUCAAUACAAACAAAACAGCAUCCAGAUAUUGCAGUAAUUCUUUUUCAGUACAAGCAGAACAGUUUCUAUGUAUUGCAGUAGGUCACUUUCAAUACAAACAGAACAGCAUCCAGAUAUUGCAGUAAUUCUUUUUCAGUACAAGCAGAACAGUUUCUAUGUAUUGCAGUAGGUCACUUUCAAUACAAACAGAACAGCAUCCAGAUAUUGCAGUAAUUCUUUUUCAGUACAAGCAGAACAGUUUCUAUGUAUUGCAGUAGGUCACUUUCAAUACAAACAGAACAGCAUCCAGAUAUUGCAGUAAUUCUUUUUCAGUACAAGCAGAACAGUUUCUAUGUAUUGCAGUAGGUCACUUUCAAUACAAACAGAACAGCAUCCAGAUAUUGCAGUAAUUCUUUUUCAGUACAAGCAGAACAGUUUCUAUGUAUUGCAGUAGGUCACUUUCAAUACAAACAGAACAGCAUCCAGAUAUUGCAGUAAUUCUUUUUCAGUACAAGCAGAACAGUUUCUAUGUAUUGCAGUAGGUCACUUUCAAUACAAACAGAACAGCAUCCAGAUAUUGCAGUAAUUCUUUUUCAGUACAAGCAGAACAGUUUCUAUGUAUUGCAGUAGGUCACUUUCAAUACAAACAGAACAGCAUCCAGAUAUUGCAGUAAUUCUUUUUCAGUACAAGCAGAACAGUUUCUAUGUAUUGCAGUAGGUCACUUUCAAUACAAACAGAACAGCAUCCAGAUAUUGCAGUAAUUCUUUUUCAGUACAAGCAGAACAGUUUCUAUGUAUUGCAGUAGGUCACUUUCAAUACAAACAGAACAGCAUCCAGAUAUUGCAGUAAUUUUUUUUCAGUACAAGCAGAACAGUUUCUAUGUAUUGCAGUAAGUCACUUUCAUUACAAACAGAACAGCAUCCAGAUAUUGCAGUAAUUCUUUUUCAGUACAAGCAGAACAGUUUCUAUGUAUUGCAGUAGGUCACUUUCAUUAUCAAUGCAAAAAAAAAAAAAAAAAAAACCCAAAAAAAAAAAAAAAAAAAAGCUCAGAAAAACAAUGACCCCAUUCAUACUUUAUAAUCUACAGAAAGAUGUGUCAUAAAUGCUUUACUAAUAUCUCAAAUUGUCUCUGUCUCAGGGCAUGGACAGCAGACACCACAGCACAUACCCCAC